UCCACCGGAUUGGCUGAGCGGUUGUCAGGACUGUUUACAGGAAACAUGGCUUCCCGGUCUGUUGGAGAGCUUCAAGAGAUGGAAGUGGACCGAAGGGGUGAGUCUGAAGAGUCUGGUGAUGAUGAGACCAGGAGGAGGAGUAUCAAUGGCGACGUGGACCCCAAUCAGCCCGCUACCACAAGUAAAGAAGAGUCUCCUGUGGACAUGGACACCAUAACCUUGGACCCAGAGGAAGAGGAUGUUGAUCUUGUUCAUUGUCGUAUUGGAAAGAUUGAAGGCCUGGAGGUGCUUCAGAAAGCUAAAACACUCUCCUUAAGACAGAAUCUCAUCAAGAAGAUAGAAAACCUGGAGAGUUUGAAUUCACUGCGGGAACUAGAUCUUUAUGACAAUCAGAUCCGCAAACUGGAGAACCUGCACAAUCUCACAGAGAUGGAGCAGCUCGAUGUGUCCUUCAAUCUUCUGAGGAAGGUGGAGGGUUUGGAGCAGAUGCCUCGGCUAAAGAAACUUUUUCUGCUUCACAACAAAAUUAGCAGCAUUGCCAACCUGGAUCACCUCACGAACCUUGACAUGUUGGAGCUGGGUUCCAAUCGCAUCAGGGUCAUAGAGAACCUGGACACACUUACAUCUUUGCAAAGUUUGUUUCUUGGCACCAAUAAAAUAACUAAGCUUCAGAAUCUUGAGGGUUUACACAACCUGACUGUUUUAAGCAUUCAGAGUAACCGGAUCACUAAAAUCGAGGGUCUACAGAAUCUUGUCAACCUGAGAGAGCUCUAUCUGAGCCACAAUGGCAUUGAGGUCAUUGAGGGCUUGGAAAACAAUAAAAAGCUUACAACCCUGGACAUCGCAGCCAAUCGAGUAAAGAAGAUUGAAAACAUCAACCAUCUGACAGAUCUGCAAGAGUUCUGGAUGAAUGAUAACCAGAUCGAUAACUGGUCAGAUCUCGAUGAAUUGAAGAAUGCCAAGUCUCUGGAGACGGUCUACCUUGAAAGAAACCCUCUACAGAAAGAUCCACAGUACCGGCGAAAGAUCAUGCUGGCGCUGCCCAGUGUACGUCAGAUCGACGCUACCUUCAUCCGCUUCUAAACUGCAGUCUAAAAAUUCACCUGCCAACUUAACAGUGUUCUCCCUCACCACCCUGCCGGCCCUACUCACAGAACAAACUUCAUUUUGAAACACACUGGCCUCACUGAAUCAUAUAGUCACUCUGGACACGGAUAUACAUUCCAACAUCCACUCUCACCCAUCACUCAACAUACAUGUAUGCAUGUAUGCACACAUUCACAUCUUGGCCUAUGCUAUUGUGUGGAAGCUUAUGUAUCUAUUAAGCUGGAUAGGAACUGUGACAAGAAUUUCAAAAAGUACCCUGCGCCCAUUUCCUCAUUUUUCUUCUGCCUUCGUUUUUCUUUUAUUGUUUGGCAUGUGGGAUACAGUGUGGAGACAUCUUUCCUGAAUCAUCUAGUGCCCAUCAGGAAAAUAAGAUAUCAGUCUUAUUUUUCAUGAUGUUGAAGUUGCACUGCUGUAACGAGUGGAAAGGGUGGCAUUCUUACUAUUGGAGGCAUUUUGUUAUUCGUUUUGGUUGGACAGGAUGAGACUGUUCUCACGUGGUACACAGUGGGUAAAAGAACAAUUGAAUUAAAACAAGAAAGGGACAGUCCAUAAUAAGAUAUUAUUUACAUAUUUUAAUCUUAAGAACAUCUUCUCAUUUGGUUUCAGCACAGUAAAGCCUAGUAUGCGCUCCAUGAGGGGACCACCCAUUGUUGAGACAGUCCCAAAUUCUAAAGCCCCGUUAGCAUGAAAAAUAUCCCAAUGGACCAAAAGCCCAUUUCUUUGACAGCCUGUUACCUCAAAAACAAACAUCUAUUGCUCCAAAGUCUGUUUUCUCCAAAAAUACACACUCCCUGCAGUUAGACAACCCAAUCACCAGAAACAGUGUUCUGUAAACCACUGAUUAUUUCCAUUUGAACAUUAUCUUGUAGCAGAUUAAUGGGGACCUUUAAUAUCUCCGUAGUGAAUGUGUAGUUAUGUUAAGGCAAUAAAAUCAAUUGGUAUUGGUUAGGAAAAGAUUGUGUUUUGGCUUAAAACAGCUCAUUGGGUGGUACAAAAGUGGCUGGAAAAGCAGAGACGGGUUGGCGAAACAUAUGUGUUCUGUGGCUCAAACACUGCUGGGAAAUGCCACAAAGGGGUGUUUAAAAUACCCGGGAUUGAUCACUCAAAUGUCCAUGGAAACUGAAACUAACUGCAAGGAGUGUGAAUUUUUGGAGAAACUGGACUUUGGAGCAAUGGCCAUUGUUCUUGGGAUCAAAUAUUUUUUGACAAAAGGGCUUUGGAAAUUUGGGCAGUUGGAACAAUGUUGGAACAGUGACACCAUGCAGAUUGAAAUCUGCUCAGCGAACCUGCCUACAUCUGUCUUUUUAAUUAAUAAAACAUCAGAAACUGAUGAACCAUUUUAAUAAACUGGUACCAUUACUGAUGAAGGGCAAAUCUCAAAUGUCCAGCAGCCUUGUCCAAAUAUUCUACAGCUUAUUUUCUGAUUAUUAAAAAUAACAUCUGCAGUAAAAACACAAACAAAAAAAAGCAGUGAGAAUGUAAAACAAAUGUAUCGUGUCCAUGAAGAUGGUUUUGUAAUCAGUCGUACAUCACCCCCAAUUUUUUUUUUGUUUACCUUGAAUAUAUCACUGAUUACAGCUUUGUUUUUCUUUUGACUUUGGUAAAAUUGUUCAUAUGUAUUAUUUAAACUGAUAAGAGUUAAAUGUAGAUUGUUUUUGAUGGCAGGACUGGUAUCACGUAAGUGUUGUUAAUUAAUGUAAGAUAAAUUACUUAAUGCUGUUAACAAUUUUUUAAACAUGUUUUGGGGUUUAAAUUUUUCAGAUGUGUAAAGACACUGCAAUGACACUGUAAUAUUCUCAUUUGGCCUUCAGUAAUGCUUAAAAAUUGAUAUUCAUCUGUAUUUAUGUUUGCCAUAGGAUUUCUAAGAUCGAGCACUAAGAUAACACCUCGAACAAAAACUCAGUGACCUAUUCUGAUGGUCCUCUGUAUAUAUAAUGCUUGAGUGCACUUGAUUUCCUCCCGGGUUACAAUUAAAAAGUGAUGCAUCUUUUAUAUGAGAAUAAUUUCCUUCCACCUCAGGACUAAAAGGUCACAUUUGGACACGGCACAGGAGCAUCAGCUUUCAAUGCAUUGCUGGGUUUACAUAGAAAACACUAAACUGAGUGCUUUCUGUGCAACAUAAGAUUUAAUCAUCUAAUUCCUUUUAUCUGGGUCUAAAGUGCACCUUCAAUCUGUUACAGUGGCCUGAGUUAAUACUGUAUCUACCUUUUAUAGGCAAGAAAAUAACAGCAUUCUAUGCUGGUUUCUAUCUUAGGUGUCUUUAGCUGACAGUUUGCUGUCUUUCAAAGGAAUUGAAGUUAUAAUCAUAUAUCCAAAUGUUCAGGGUUAGUGAUUUUAACCAUACCAACUGAAGAACAUUCAUGAGCCCAUCAUCAGACUAUCAAAACUGAAGGAGAUUAUACAUUACUGAUAUGAAUGUAAUCUUAUUUUAUAUUCAGCUUUAACUAUUAUUACUUUACAAUUGGCCAGUGGGAUCGGAAGUGUCACUUUGUGUAUUUGUAAAUACAGUUUGGACAUCUCAUGAUGUAGAAAGUCAGUGCCAUCAUCACCUUCCCUUUGUAAAGUUUUUGUUUUGUUAAUGCCAGGCAGCACAGCAGAUAUGUGUCAGAUACCGUGAUUAAGAUAACUUGACUGAAUGAGCAAUUAUUCAAAUUGCUUGUAGCUGAUUGUUGUUAGAAUUGAGUCUUCAGGUUCUGGACUUGGUCAAUGCUGUUUCCAAACUGAAUGUAUUAUGCAAAUAAUAAAAUGACACAACUUAAA